GCUCACCAAAUCCUACUGCCUCCAUUGCUUCAGAAAAAACCAUCUUUGAACUGAAAGCCUGAAACGAUGCCGUACUAUUCAAGAGGCGAUGACGAAGUUGAUGAUUUCGACGAGUAUGAUCCGACACCGUAUGGUGGCGGAUACGACAUUGUCUUGACGUAUGGACGCCCGAUUCCACCAUCCGAAGAGACAUGCUACCCGCACAGCUCAUCCGCCGAUGAGAUCGACUAUGAUCGCCCCAGCUACACCUCCUACGCUGAGCCAUCAGCCUACGCCGACGAUCAUCUCCAGGAGGAGUACAGCAGCUAUGGCCGUCCCAAGCCCCGACCCGGUCCUGCUCAUGGAUACACUCCUGGUGGAGAAGUAUUUGUAGAUGCUAAGCCUGAGCCUGCUUAUGGUUUCCAGCCUGGAGUUACCAUGCCUGGAUCUGAUUAUGGAUCUGGUGGAUAUGGCGGAAGGCCAUCCGGUGAGGAAUAUGGUUCUGGUUAUGGCCAGAGACCCGAUUCAGAAUAUGGAUCUGGUGGCUAUGGAAGGAGGCCAGAAUCAGAAUAUGGGACUGGAUAUGAGAGGCCACCAGGUGGGGAGUAUGGAUCCGGGUAUGGCAGGAGACCUGAGCCUGGGUAUGAGAGGCCACCAGGUGGGGAGUAUGGAUCCGGGUAUGGCAGGAGACCUGAGCCUGGGUAUGAGAGGCCACCAGGUGGGGAGUAUGGAUCCGGGUAUGGCAGGAGACCUGAGCCUGGGUAUGAGAGGCCACCAGGUGGGGAGUAUGGAUCCGGGUAUGGCAGGAGACCUGAGCCUGGGUAUGAGAGGCCACCAGGUGGGGAGUAUGGAUCCGGGUAUGGCAGGAGACCUGAGCCUGGGUAUGAGAGGCCACCAGGUGGGGAGUAUGGAUCCGGGUAUGGCAGGAGACCUGAGCCUGGGUAUGAGAGGCCUAGUUCGGAAUAUGGAUCCGGAUAUGGAGGUAGGCCACAGUCUGAAUACGAAGGUGGUGGGUCAGGAUAUGGCGAAGGUUAUGGGCGGAAGCCUAGUUAUGGGGAGGAAGCGUAUGGAGGAAGGCCCGAAUACGAGAGACCGAGUUAUGGAGAUGACCCACCAAGGAGGCCUAGUUAUGGGAGGCAAGAGGAGGAGUAUGUGAGACCAGCUUAUGAGAGUCGCGAUGUUGAUGACGAUGAGUCUCGUAAGAACUAUGGUUAUGGUGGUGAAGAGGGCUAUGGCCGCAAGAAAUAUGGAGAUAAUGACUCUGAUGAUGAUGAUGAUGAGGAGAAGAAGCAUCGUCGCCAUCACAAGCACCACUAUCGCAAGCGCUCUGACGAUGAUGAGUGAUGCAGCCAUUGUUAAUGGGAUUCAUGCCAUUGUUAGCUAUACUAAAUAAAAGAUCAAGGCAUGUUUCCUUUAUGAUAAUGCUUUUGUUGAAGAGCUCUUUAUGUAUUUAUACAAUGUUAAUUGGACUCAUGCCUUCUCUACCUAUGUGGCAUGUUUCCUUUUUUUAUUGUGCUUCUGUGCUUCUGCGGGGGGUGCUAUGUUAACUCUCUGCUACAUGUGUUUUAUAUCUGCUACUAAAUAAAAUCCAACUUAUGAGUUUGGUCUGUUUUUAAA